UGUCAACAACAUCGGAAAGCACCUCUGAGAGUUUUAUCUCCUCAAACUGAUUUGAGAAAGCAUGACCACACAUCUGGAUAUCCAAGAGUGAAUAACUUCAGAGGAUUGGCGGCAACGUUUUGACGUUUGAAGUUGACUUUUCGUUGUAUCGCGUGGCAUCAGCUGAAGAUCUGAUACUUUACUGAUUCAUCGGUUGCUUCUCGUUAGGGUCUUUGGACAAGUGCUCCGUGCAACCGUUUCUUGCGUGCAGAGAGCCCGGAGAUAUGACCGCCUUUGCGGGGGGCAUUUCCAGGAUGAUGCACCCCACGCCACCCCAAAACUAUCCGAGAGCAGGCUACUCCUUGGAGGUCUCCACGCCUUUAGGCCAGGGUCGCGUGAACCAGCUCGGUGGAGUCUUCAUUAACGGACGGCCUCUGCCCAAUCACAUCCGCCACAAGAUAGUAGAGAUGGCCCAUCACGGAAUUCGACCGUGUGUCAUCUCCCGACAGCUGCGUGUUUCGCACGGAUGCGUGUCCAAAAUUUUAUGCAGGUACCAGGAGACCGGAUCCAUUCGGCCCGGCGCUAUUGGCGGCAGCAAACCCAAGCAGAGCACAACUCCCGAUGUGGAAAAGAAAAUCGAAGAAUACAAAAGGGAGAAUCCAGGGAUGUUCAGCUGGGAGAUCCGGGAUAAACUGCUGAAAGACGGAAUCUGCGACCGAAAUAACGUGCCCACAGUAAGUUCCAUCAGCCGCAUGUUGCGCUGUAAAUUUGGUGGAAAUGGAGAUGAAGAUGAAGAUGAUGAUGAAGUCGAAAAAAGGGAGAUCGAGGAAAACGAAAGAAGAGCCAAACACAGCAUCGAUGGGAUUCUCGGCGACAGAUCAAGCCAUUCAGACGAGGGCUCUGAUGUGGACUCAGAACCGGGUUUGCCACUUAAGAGGAAACAGCGGCGCAGUCGGACCACAUUCACAGCCGAGCAGCUGGAAGAGUUGGAGAGAGCAUUUGAACGCACACACUACCCUGAUAUAUACACAAGAGAAGAGCUCGCUCAGAGAGCUAAACUCACUGAGGCACGAGUACAGGUGUGGUUCAGUAAUAGAAGAGCUCGUUGGAGAAAGCAGGCAGGAGCCAAUCAGCUGAUGGCAUUUAAUCAUCUGAUACCUGGUGGUUUCCCGCCAUCCGCGAUGUCGAGUCUUCAACCCUAUCAGCUGGCAGACAGCCCAUACCCUCCCUCCUCGAUAUCACAAGUUUCUGAGCAGCCUAGCACAGUGCACCGACCUCAGCCUCUUCCCCCCACCUCGGUGCAUCAGACUGGGCUUGGCAGUGGACCGGGGGCCCAGGAGGGAAGUUCGGCCUACUGCCUCUCCUCAGGACGUCAUGGUUUCUCUGGAUACUCAGACGGCUAUGUAGCCACAUCAGGCCACGCAAACUCAGUUAACCCCAACAUCAGCAACGGCCUCCCAUCACAGGUUAUGGGUCUGUUGAAUCCAGGUGGAGUGCCACACCAGCCGCAGAGUGAUUUUGCUCUCUCUCCGUUGACGGGUGGUUUGGAGCCCAGCACUGGCAUGGCUCCCAGCUGCCACUCCUCUCAGAGACUGGAGGCUCUGUCAGGCCUUCCCAGCAUGCCAGCUCUGCCGAGCUCCCAGUCCUACUGCCCCUCCAGCUACAGUUCACCUGGGUACAGCAUGGACCACGUGGCAUCUUAUCAAUACAGCCAAUAUGGGCAGAGCAAGGUGCCUUUCAUUAUCUGA